GUGAAGCAAUUCCGUUUACUUUCUACUAUUUCAGUCACAUGUGAAAUUCAUCAUCCACACUUUUUCCAUUUCUGAAAUCGCAAAACGCCACAGCUUCAUCUCUCUCUCUCUCUCUCUCUCUCUCUUCCUCCUCCUUUCCUCUGAAUCAACAGACAAACCACAUGUAAAAAGGAAUUGCCUAGCAAAACAAUGAUACUGAAAAUCUUGGCUUGAAAUUUGAAAUCCCACCUCCUUUUUCUGCACUCGAGCACUGUUUGAUCAUACAUACAUAUAAAAGUAAUGCAGAGAUGGUUUCAAAAUCUGCACUUUUCUUGACCCCUCUUAUCCUUCUCUUCCUUUCAAGCUCGGAUUUCUCUCAGGCUGAUGAUGAGUUCAUUUUCCAUGGUUUCAGAGGUGCAGGCACAAAAAUCACUCUAAACGGCGUUGCUGAGAUCGAGCACAAUGGUGUGCUUAGACUCACCAACAAAAGCCCAAGAUUUGUGGGGCAGGCUUUCUAUGAAACCCCAAUUAAAUUCAAGAAUUCCACAGAUGGUAAAGUUUCCUCCUUUUCAACUGCUUUUGUUUUUGCCAUAGUUCCCGAGUAUAAGAAAUUGGGUGGCCAUGGGUUCGCUUUUGCAAUUGCUAAAUCAAAAGAUUUUAAGGGGGUUCUUCCGAAUCAGUAUUUAGGGCUCAUGAAUGAUAAAAAUGUUGGGAAAUUCUCAAACCAUGUAUUGGCAGUUGAAUUCGACACUGUGAAGGAUUUUGCAUUUGGGGAUAUUAAUGAUAAUCAUGUUGGGAUUGAUAUAAACAGCAUGAUCUCAAAUGCCUCUGUUGAUGCUAGCUGUUUCAAUAGGGAUAACUCAAGAAAGGAAGGGAUUAGCCUGCAGAGUGGUAGGAGGAUUCAGGCUUGGAUUGAUUAUGACUCCAGUGUUGGGAGAUUGGAUGUCACACUUUCUCUCUCAUCAUCAAAACCUAGUUCCCCAAUCCUUUCAUUUCCUGUUGAUCUUUCCCCAAUCUUGUUGCAGUAUAUGUAUGUGGGCUUCUCUGCUUCAACAGGUUUACUUGCCAGUUCACAUUAUGUUUCUGGAUGGAGUUUCAUGUUGAAUGGGCAAGCACAGUCCCUUCAACUGUCUUUGCUGCCUUCGAUCCCCGGUUCAUGGUGGAACCGGGUGAGGCUGGCCUUAGGUGCAUCUUUGGCUGUGUCUGUUUUCUUGAUUCUUGCUGUUGGGGUAUUAUUGUAUGUAGUCAAGAGAGUUAAGAAUAGGGAUGUGGUUGAAUCUUGGGAGCUCGAUCUAGGGCCGCAUAGAUUCUCCUAUAAGGAGCUCAAGAAAGCAACUAGGGGUUUUAGAGAUAAAGGGCUUCUUGGAUUUGGUGGUUUUGGUAGAGUUUAUAAAGGGACAUUGCCUAAUUCCAACACACAAGUUGCAGUUAAGCAGAUUAGCCAUGGAUCUAAGCAGGGUUUGCAAGAGUUUGUGACAGAGGUCGCGAUCAUUGGCCGCCUUAGGCAUAGGAAUCUGGUGCCAUUGCAGGGUUGGUGUCGACACAGGAGUGAUCUGUUGCUUGUUUAUGACUUCAUGCCUAAUGGGAGUUUGGAUAAAUACAUUUAUGAUGAGCCUAUAGCUGUACUAACAUGGGAUCAGAGGCUCAAGAUCAUCAAAGAUGUGGCUUCUGCACUCGUUUACCUGCACGAAGAAUGGGAGCAGACCGUGAUUCACAGGGACAUCAAAGCAGGCAACGUGCUGCUCGACUCUGAAAUGAAUGGCCGGCUUGGGGACUUCGGGCUUGCUAAGCUGUACGAGCACGGUGCAAAUCCAAGCACAACGAAGGUGGUUGGCACAUUGGGAUACUUGGCCCCGGAGCUGACCAAGACGGGCAAGCCCACCACGAGCUCGGAUGUGUAUGCAUUCGGUGCAUUGCUGCUGGAAGUUGUCUGUGGGAGGCGGCCAAUUGAGGUGAAGGCCAUGCCCGAGGAGCUGGUGUUGGUGGAUUGGGUGUGGGAUAAGUGGAAACAAGGUUGCCUUCUUGAUGUUGUCGAUCCAAGAUUGAAAGGAGGGUACGACGAGGUUGAGGUCGUGCUCGUGAUCAAACUCGGGCUCAUGUGCUCCAGCAACGCCCCCGGGAGGAGGCCCAGCGCGAGGCAGGUCCUGAGAUACUUGGAAGGCGAAGCCCCGCUGCCUCAAGUGAUGGCCGCGCCCGAUGAAUGUGGUGGCGAUGGCAAGAAGUUCGACAGUGGGUUCGAGGACUAUCCUCACUCGUAUCCAUCGUCUUCCAACUUUGAGAAGGCGAGCACAUGGUCCUCGGCCUGUGAUGGCGAAGGGGACGCGGAGCUUGAAGUUGCUUCGUCGUCGCCUUCGCCAUUAUCUGCUUCGUAGUUGUGAAGUGUAUGCUAGGGGUUUUUCAACUUGAAGAUAUUUUUGUACAUCAUGGCUUAUAUCUGUAUAUAGAAUUAUAGAUUAUGUUUGCAUUUCA